AUGCGUCUAUGGAUUGUGAACUGUGACGAGGCCCGUCCGGCGUGUACACAGUGUUUGAGGCGUGGGCACACCUGUCCUGGAUAUUGUCGUUCAGUCAUAUUCAAGGAUGAAGGCCCUCGCCUAAGACGACAUCAUCGAAGGUCCACUCGACCUCCUGGACAUAGCGAACGGAAUGAGAAAAAUUGUGAGAAAGGAUCUCGAUCAAAUAGACGAGAGGCCUUCGGUGAUAGAUCUCUGCCAAUCGAUGAGCGUGCCUCACCUUCGCUGGUUCGACGAUGUUUUAUCAAUGAGCAACCGCAUCUUUUCGCCGACUUCGUCUGUAGGUCUUUCCCGAUUAUGUACUCCUCCAGUCUGUAUAGGUUCCAGAAGGAGCCUACCUUUCCCCACUUCAUCAUGCAGAGAUUCGGUUCCAAACCUUACCUGGAUGCAGCCGUCUGCUGUUUGAGCUCGUUUUUCCUCUCCGGUCUCUCCGGAAACCAGUCUCUAGUGCAGACAAGCAGGCAGCUGUAUACAAGUGCCUUGACCAGGGUCAGUUUUGCUUUGGAUUCGGAUGAGGCACUGUCAGAAGACAUGUUGGGUACCCUGAUACUGCUGGCCGUGUACGAGAUGUAUUCACAGACUACCAGGGAUGCUUGGUUUUACCAUGCUUCCGCAGUGAAGGAACUGAUGCUUAAUCGAGGUGCCAAGGCACAUAUGUCAGGUCCCGGUCGUACGUGCUAUUACGCCUGCCGAGGGUUCCUCAUAUAUGCUUCCCUUUGCAAAGCAAAGUCUUGCAUCCUGGAUGGAGAUGAAUGGCAGAAGCUGGCUCUGGUAAUCAAGGAGGAGGAUUCACGGAAGCCAGGGGAAUGGUCCGUCUAUACCGAGGUCUCGGAGGACAUCUUCAUGGAAUUGGUCAAAUGUCCUCGACUUGUCAGUGACAUGCAAUAUCUCAGUUCUGCAUCAUCUCAACAAGAAAUUGCAUCACUGACUCGUCGUUGUCGCGCCACAUCCAACCGACUCUUAACGCUCAGCGAAGAUCUAUGGUCUCUAAUUACCGCACACAAUCAAAGACAGCAGGGAAUUAUUUCUAGCUCGUCAGAUUUUAUCGGGCCCGUCUCUCUUGAUCUUCCUAAAACAGCUCCAACAAUUCUUCUGGCUGGAUCUUUGAAUGCAUCUGCUAUGUUGGAAGAUCUCAUAAAUACGAUCAAUCACAACAUUCUCGAUAUGCACGAAUUCCAACGAUCAUGGCGCCUCAGUGACAAAGUUCCAAGUGAGGUACGGCUACCCUUGUGGAGAAUCCAUCAAGCUAGCGGUGAUGGAGGAGUAUGUCCACUUUCCCCUCGGUCCUCCGGCGUAUCUCACAGUACCUCUGAACUCGAAAUGGUAUUACGGAAAGAUCAUUAUGACGGCAAUUCUUCGCCCGGUCCAUGGCUUGACGGAAUAGUAUCAGCUAUGGGGUUUCUGGGGAUCAAAGUCGAGGAAGACAACGGGAAAGAUCGAUGGUAA